AGCCAUAGUAAACAAACCUCAGACAGGAGCCUGACGCGGAUCGUUCCUCCAGAUUUUUUUCUUAGAGAUGCAACAGCAUGUUUUCUGGACGGAAGGAUGAUAAGGAGAGGCGGCCAAGGCGAGGGGGAGGCCUGGCGCAGCUUGGACUAAUGGAUGUACCAGGUAUAGAGGACUUCAAUAAUGAAAACGAUGCAGACCUAGAAGCAGAGCUUCUUGCUCUUACUGGGGGCGGAGGAGGGCGUAAACAACCUUACAAAGGCAAGCCUGUAGUGUCUCCAGAUCAACUAGCCAAAAUGGUUGCCGAUUGCAUGCGAGAAGACCUUGAUGAUCAGGAUCUUAGUGAUGAAGAUGAUCCAGAGUUGUUGGCAGAAUUAUCUGCUCUUGGUCCAUCAGAUGAUGACGAUGAUGGAAGUGCUCAACCAGCUCCUGUAGCUCCUACAAGACCAGCUCCAACUCUUCCAAAUCGCCCACCUCCUUUAAAUGAUUAUCGUAAUCCUGAACCCAUGGCUCCCAGGCAGGCACCUAUGGCUGGUGGAAGUAAUAUUCUUGCUUUGCUGGCUGAAAGAAUUUCUAUGUAUGAACAGGCAGAGGCAAAUGCUAAGGCAAUUGGAGACACUUCAAGAGUUCGAAGAUUCAGUCGUGGCUUGAAAACAUUGUAUCAAAUGCAGAAGUCUGUGAAGGCAGGCCGUUCUAUUAAUGAGGAUGAGAUCCCUCCUGCUGUCGUUGUCAAGAUGAGCAGUGGGGGUAGUACUGGAGGAUCAGCUAACACGUCAUCAACAUCUUCUCCUGCUGCUUUAUCACCACUGGAAGACCAUGCUCCUCAGAGAGAGAGCCUUCCUGCAACCUUACCUCAUAGUGUUGUUUUCCAAGAACAGGAUAAACCCCCACCACAACCUGUACCACGAUCAAGCCUGAAUCGGCAAGCUCCUCCUCCUCCGCCUCCUGUGCAUCAGAGUAGCCCAUCAUCAGGUGUGCCACUGCAACGAACUAUAUCAUCAGGACCACCACUCCAACGAACCACUUCAUCAUCAGACCCUGCCAGUAUUAUCCGCAACCUUCACACAGAGUAUAAAAUAGCAGCACUUGCAUCAAAGAAACAUGGAGAUAAAGAACAAGCUAUUCACUAUAUGAAAAUUAUGAAACAGAUGGAGCCAAUGCUUAGAGCUGCCGAGAGUGGUCAGGCCGUGGACCUGACCACUUUACCAGGGUCCCCAAGUGCUCCCAUACCUAAACCUGUAGCACAGGUAGCACCAUCUGUCACACAACCUGCCUCCCAUGAACCCAAAAUUGAAAUAAAUAAGGCACUCCUUGAGCCUCCAACUGGCACUCCAGUAGAAUCGGCAUGUCCAGUAGGGAAUAGUGACUCCCCUGCAUCCACAGGACCACCACCCCCAGCCACAGUGCUGGAGGCUCUUGAACAACGUUUAGUAAAGUACACCGAGCAACGGGAUAAAGCAAAGAUAGAGGAAAAUGCUCGUAAAGAACGUAUGAAUCAACGCAUUAUGAAGCAGUAUGAAGAUGCCAUUAAGAAGCACAAAGCUCGAAAACCUGUAGACUUUGAUGAACUUCCUACUCCUCCUGGCUUUCCUCCUAUCCCUGGUGUGGCUAUUAAGCCAACUCCUGCUGACGCUCUUCCUACUGCUCCUACUACCACUUCUGCAUCUGCUGUGGAAAGCAACCAAGAUAGUUCAGCAGGGCCUCCACCAAAGCAACCCAAGAUAGCAGGCCAGUUACCUGUUGCUGCCCCUCAUCCACCUCCACCAAUGAAUGUGAGACAAGCUCCUCAGUCUCGAGUGGAAAAACAACUUGCAUUCCUUACUAAAAGACAAACACAGUUCAAACAAGCAGCCUUGGAGGCCAAGAAACGGGGAGAGAUGGAGCAAGCUAAGGAAUACCUGCGUAUGAGCAAAGGCUUCGACCAGCUCAUUGAAGCAACUCGUGGUGGACUGCCAGUUGAUAUGAACACGGUACCUGUCCCUCCUCAAGAGCAGAUCACUCAAACUGCCAUGGAUUUUGAACUUGUGAGUGCGGAUGACUGUGUUGUUGCUCCGCCCACCACAGCUGCAGAUGUUGCUAUUACUUAUGCAAAACUUGAGGAAGACCUUGUUGCUCAGAUUAAAAUGUGUGCUCAAACCCGUGAACACUUCAAAGCCACAGGAGAUGUAACAAGUUCGAAUCGGUUUGAGCAGUUGAUCCUUCAUACUAAAAAGGACUUGGAUGCAGUUCGAGCAGCCUUUAAAAGAGGAGAUAAUACUCCACGUUUCCACUAUGAAACUAGAUCUUUCAAUAUUAUUCAAUGCAACACAGAUCUAAAUGACUCUGACUGUGAAGUUUGCAUUGUGCGAGGUAUUAACUUCAAUGUGCAGAAUCCCACAGAAAUUGACACUUACUUAAAGAUAGAGUUCCCAUACCCCUCUGAUACUCCUCCUCAAGACCGCAGCUUUGUGGUAAAGGAUACCAAUAAUCCAGAAUACAACCACAAAAUUGUCUUUAGUAUAGAUCGCAAAUCUCGGGCAUUAGCGCGUUGCUUCAAAAGACAUGCUCUCAAAGUGCAAAUUUAUGCUAAAGGGAGCUGGUUUCAUCGUGACACACUCUUAGGCUUGGUGAAAGUUCCCUUGGUGACCUUAGAAACAAAAUGCACCUUGCACGAGUCCUAUGAUCUAAUUGACGAGCGUAAGCGCAUGGUCGGGGGCAAGCUGGAAGUGAAGAUUCGAGUGAGAAAUCCUAUUGUUACCAAGCAACUUGAGAAGGUCACAGAAAAAUGGUUAGUUAUUGAUGGUUUCUAAACAAAAAGGAAAUUGUAUAUCUUAGGAUAUUACCCAUAAUUGAAACAGUAAAAGCUCUGUAAACUAGUUUCUGGUUUGCUUUGCCACUAUCAUUACAACUAAGAUAUGUCAUUGUAUCAUAUUUAAAAAAUUCCAGCAGACUUUUAAUUUUGCUGCAGUAGUAAAAUAUUGAUUUAUUUUUAUUUAUAAAUUAGUUAUAUAUCAAGUUCUCCAAUGCUGUAUUGACUAUUGAGAAAUAGUUAAGAAAUUGUAUAAUGUAAUUUUCUUGCGUGUUGAAGAUAAAAUAUAUUCUGCUAAUUGCUAGUCGUCAAAUGGCCAAAUGUCAUGGUAGACAAUGUGGGUUACUUUAUGCAACGUUAUUAAAACACACGAAGAUGAAUACAUGCACAUGAACACACAAAAAUGUAACACAUUCUUACAGAAUAUUAAUUUACAGAAUUAUAUAUCUUUUAAUACUCAUAUUUACAAUCUAGGCAUUGGAUAGCCAGCCAGCAAAAUAUAUACCCAUAAUUGAGAAUAUUUAAAGCAAAUCAAAGUUAUAUAUAAAACAGAUUUGUUGCUCAGAAACAGUGUUUGUUAAUAAGAGAUGAAUAGCUUCAUGAAAAAGCUGCAUUUUUGUUUGUAAUGAUGUAAGCUUCAUGAAGCCAGACACUUCUAAUGCUUAAGAGAAGCUAAAUAUGAGAGCUGGAACUGUAUGUGAUAUUAAUGCCUAAUUAAAUUACUGUAGUUAAGUAAUCACUUUUCUUACUCUGAAAGGUCAGUGAUGAUCUUACCCUUUUGUAUUUAGCACAUUAACAGUGUUUUCUGGAUGGAUAUUAUAGCAUUAUAUUUUAAUCCAGUUGUGCAAUACCUCUACCCUUACACUUUUAUUCCAUAUUCAGUUGAUUUUUCAGUUCUUCACAGUUGACAGUAUUGUACCAGUGCAUCAUAUUUCAUAAAUAAGAGUGGUUUGAAAGGGAUGUAAUUUUGCCAAUUAUUGUAUUUGAAUUUCAUUAUACUGUAAGCUGUGUUCUGAAAGAUCCACUCACAAGUGCCUGCAUCCGCAUUGUUUCCUGGGUGUUCUGUAAAAGGUUUUUAUUUGUUUUUACUUAUUCAUAUUGAUAUAUUAGCUAUUUCUGGUAAGUGUAUACUGUAUUACAGUAUAUAAUUUGUAUCGUGUCAUACAGCUUUAAGCAGGCUUAUCUGAUUUUUUCUACCCCUUGCUGGUCCUCACUCUCAACAUACAAUUGAAAGUUAAACUUCCAUUUCAGUGUUACUAUAUUACAGCAAAUAAAUUUAUUUACCUCAGUUGAUAUUGAAGGUU